AGCUUCUCUAAUGCUCUGACCAAAAACAUCAUGGCCAUGCUGGUGUGGCUGGCUCUCAGUAUCAUCAACAGCAGCAUGGUGCACACCUUCCUACGACACAGCCUCUUCUAUGAGAACCCGCGAUACAUCAUGUUCAUCAGCAUGGUGAUCAACGACGCUCUGCAGCUAACCCUUGUCACAGCUCUCUACGUAGUCAGCUACAUCUUCAGGAGGAUCCAUGCCUCUGUCUGCUGCUUUCUGAUCAUGACAGCAGUCCUCACCACCCGCUCCACCCCUCUCAUUCUGGCCGGCAUGGCUGUGGAACGCUACAUCUCCAUCUGCUACCCCUUACACUACAGCCAGAUGUGCACCAUCCCUCGCACCCUCCUCCUCAUCUGCGCCAUCCUUAUUCUCACCGCCACCCCGCCGGUCACCGACCUCCUCAUCACCACUGUCAAGGAUCCAAGUGUCUUCCACACAACCAUUUUUUGCGACCACUCGCUUCUCUUUCGCGACCGGUCCAUCUACUACAAGAACUGUGUGUUUGACGGGACGUACCUCUCCUUCGUGGCUCUGACGCUGCUCUACACCUACUGCAAGAUUAUGGUGACGGCUCAAGCUGCUUCAACGGGCCUGGCCUCAGUGAAGAGAGCCAGGAACACUGUGCUGCUUCAUGGGGUGCAGCUGCUGCUGUGCAUGCUUGCCUUUGUGGUUCCCUCCCUUCAGGCUGCUCUAAUCUCCCUCUUCCCCCGCCUGAGUCUGGAGAUCCGUUACAUCUUUUUCCUGCUCGUCUACAUCAUCCCCCGUUUCCUGAGCCCUGUCAUCUAUGGUUUUCGGGACGAGCUGUUCAGGAAGUACUGGACCCGGUACCUGGCAUGUCGGGGCCACAGUAUCAUCAGGGUCAGGCCACUCUUACUGAAACUGAACUUGUAGGUGAAAAGUCUAUGUGAGCUAAUGGUUCAG